AUGCGCCAAGAUACUGCCGUCAUUGAAACCGUUGCCUUUUCCGUCGGAGAAGUAACACGCGUCCUCAGUCAAAUAAAACCAGACAAGUCUCCUGGACCCGACGGAAUUCCUGGUCUGAUACUUCAGGAGCUAUCAAAGGAGCUGGCGAAGCCUCUUUCGACGCUCUUUGACCUGUCAAUGAGAACAGGAAGGCUGCCAUCACAGUGGAAGACAGCUAACCUCGUUCCCUUACAUAAAGGCGGUAGCAGGAUGGCAGCAAGCUGUUUCAGGCCUAUUAGCCUAACCUGCCUCUCGUGCAAAACGAUGGAAGCUCUAGUAAAGAGUGCCAUACAGCAAUUUUGUGAAGAAAAUAACAUUUUGCAGGAUUUUCAGCAUGGCUUCCGGAGAGGACGUUCCUGCCUCUCAAAUCUGCUAGCUUGUCUGGAAAUCUGGACCAGGGCCCUAGAAGAGGGUUUUGAAGUUGAUGUCGUGUACAUCGAUUUUCGCAAAGCCUUCGAUACUGUUGCGCACCAACGCCUUCUUCACAAAUUGAGCGCCAUCGGCAUCCGGGGAGAUCUUCUGAACUGGAUAGGGGCGUUUCUGGUUGGUCGGAAACAACGUGUUUGCAUCGGUGAUGAUAUGUCAGAAUGGGUGAGCGUGACCAGUGGUGUGCCUCAAGGCUCAGUUCUGGGACCAUUGCUAUUCCUCCUUUAUGUUAAUGACAGCCUUCAGGAACUCGACUGUGGCAAAAUAAUGUUUGCUGACGACGUUAAGCUCUGGCAAGUCAUUAAGAGUCCUAACGACCAGAGAUCCCUCCAAAACAAUCUUCAUCGACUGCAAGCGUGGUCGGAGAAAUGGCUUCUAGACUUCAAUGUGCAGAAGUGUACCGUCCUUCAUCUGCGUCCAACUAACUCACAUUCAAAUGAGAGCCUGAGGACAUAUCAUCUGAAAGAUAUAAGAUUCCCCGCAGAAUCUUCACAGAAGGAUCUCGGGGUUUGGAUACAGAACAAUCUGAAACCAACACUGCAGUGCCACAAGGCUGCAAAAAACGCCAUGGGAGUGCUGCAUGCAAUCAAAAGGGCGUUCGUUACCUUUGACCAAGACCUUUUUGGGAGAGUUUACGGCACCUUCGUUCGGCCCCACUUAGAAUAUGGCAUACAAGCAUGGCGGCCAUGGCUUGUAAAGGACCAAGCAUGCCUCGAACGGGUGCAACGUAGGGCAACAAAGAUGGUAAACGGUCUAAAAAACCAAUCCUACACGGACAGACUGAAUUGCCUUAAUCUAUUCCCUCUGUGUUACAGGCAGCAAAGAGGUGAUCUAAUCCUGGUUUACAAGAUAAUAAAUGGCCUUGAGCAUGGACUUAGCUUUGAGGACAUGUUUCAGUGGCACCUUUCACCCAAUCUUCGUGGCCACUCGAUGAAGCUACGGACAACGAUGUCCAGGCUGAACCUUCGUUCUGAAUUUUUCACGCAAAGGGUAGUGGAGAAAUGGAACGAUCUCCCUCAGUCAGUCGUGGAGGCGACAUCCCUGCAGCUCUUCAAGACACGCUUGGAUGAUUAUUUGUGUCCCCUGUUUUCCCUCGACAGUCUGAAUCUGAGCUAA